AUGGAAACUAUUUAUUGGUUCCACUCGUACGAGACAUGGCCAUCAAAUACACGCCUAACAGGUGUAUCUGAAAUUCUAAUACCUUCAUGUGAGGUCUCUACGAUAGAGUAA